AUGUCUAUUCUCUCACCUAAGCGUUGGAAGGCGAAGAUUGAGCCCCAUCUGCAUUGGCGUGUCCCUUUUGAGCCCGGUGUGUACGGGAACAGCCCUCGAUGGUCUAACAAAGAUCUUGAUCCUAUUCCGCCCAAGCGGCGUACAUGGGGUGGUCUGGAUUAUUGGGCAUACUGGACGUCUGACAUGCUCGCACCGCCUUUGGCUGCGACCGUCUCCAGUGUCAUGUCACUGGGGUUUACUGCCCGCGAGACGAUCCCCAUUGUCUUCUUCGGUUUCGCCAUCUGCUCUGUUGUGGUGACCCUAACGGGCAAGAUGGGAGCAACCUAUGCUAUUUCCUACCCAGCCAUUGUCAGGACCUCUUUUGGCAUGUACGGCUCAUACCCGGCCAUAUGCCUCCGUGCUUUCGUUGCUGCAAUGUGGACUGCCAUUCUCUGUGUGCAAGCCGGUGCAUUUCUCCAGAAUUGCAUUGAAGCUAUCUGGCCCAGCUUCGAGCGCUUACCGAACCAUUUGCCAGAGAACGCUGGAAUUACUUCGGCUGGUCUCCUCUGCUUCUUCCUCUACUGGAUUGUUCAAACGAUCUUGGCACUCAUGCCGAUUGAGAAACUCCGAAUUCUCUUUCUUGUCAAAGCUGUUGUCGUUCCGCCUACCUUCCUCGCCCUUUUCCUCUGGGCAGUCAUUGUCACUCAUGGCGGUGGGGAACUCGUAACUGGCAAGGCGCAGAUCACUUCCACCUACAUGAAUACCGCUUACUCUGCUUUGACCGGUCUCAAUGUCAUCAUCGGCCUGUUCUCAUCCAUGGCAGUCAACAUGCCUGAUUUUGGACGGUUUUCCAAGAAUCGACUUGGAGGCUACCAUCAAUUCUUCGCACUCCCAGUAAUCGGUACUCUGGGCAGUCUGACUCCAAUUUUUGUUACCUCUGCACACAGCUAUAUUUGGGGCGAGUUCGAAUGGUAUAUGCCCGCGGUGAUUGGGAAGUUUGACUCCCGUGCCGCCAAGUUCUUUACAGCCUUUUCUUUUAUGCUCGCCACUAUUGGUAACCAGAUUGCAGCAGGAACAUAUCCAUUUUCCAACGAUGUUUCCGGUCUGUACCCAAAGUAUAUCAAUAUCUUCCGUGCUACCAUCUUCAUCUCCAUUUUCUGCGUCGUCAGCACUCCCUGGAAUAUCAUCAAGAACGCUGCUGGCCUACUAGCCUUCUUAUCCGGCUAUUCCUGCUUGAUGGGUCCUCUUGCCGGGGUGAUGGUCAGCGACUAUUACCUGAUCAAGAAGCGGAAGCUCAACAUCCAUGAAGUCUACCGCGACCAUGGCAUCUACCACUAUAGACAUGGUGUCAAUUGGCGUGCUUAUGUGGCCUUCUUUGCCGGUGUCGGUCCCCUGAUCCCCGGAUUUGCCAAGUCAAUUGAUAAUAAGCUCAAUGUUGGUGGUGCCUGGCAGAUCUUUACCUUUGCCUGGAUUUUCGGCUUCACCAUCAGCUUGUUGACGUACUAUGUUAUUGUGAAUUACAUUUCCGGUAUCCGAGAGGCUAACGUGGAGGUUGCGGUUUAUCCAGCCCAGAAGAGCGAUGGUUCUUCUGAUGUGGAGAGUGGAAGUGGUGAGAUCUACGAGGAGAAGAGUGGUCUCGAUGCCAAGACGAAAGAGGUUGACUCUCCCUUGUAA